UUUUAUACCAACAUGGCGUCCGUUCGGCCGGAGUGAUGACGUUGCCUCUGCGCUAGGCCUGGGCGGAGCCGGGACGCCUCUAAGUGCUCUCUGGCCGCUCACUGUCUUUCUCAUUCCCUGUUGCUGACGUGCACAGGCGCCCAGUGGUAGGGGCAGGAAGGAAGGGUGCCCACCUCCAGCUGCCUGGUGGCACAUCGCUCCGCCGCGCACCAUGAGCUCAGGCUGGCAGGAGGCUGCGGCCCAGCAGGCCGAGGAAGUGUCUGCCCGGCUGAGGCAGCUGCUUAUCACAGGGCUCGGGCUGCUUCGCUCGGAGCUGGGCCUGGAGAUAGGCCUGGAGCCUCAGCGGUACCCGUCCUGGGUGUUCCUGGCCGUGCCCGUCUCUCUGGGGCUCUUCUUCCUGUUCCUGCUGCUGCAUUGUGCUACCAGCCGGAGCCCCCCCAGCUCCAAGCGGGUGACACACCAUGAGAAGGAGCAGCCGGUGCCCCUGGUCAAGGCCCCUGUGCCCACCAAGACGGUGAAGGUGGAGGAGCCCAAGAAGAAGAACAAGAAGAAGCCGGCCGAGAAGGCCAAGCCCAAUGGUCGGCCUGUGGAGCUGUCGGAGGAGGUGGUCGUCCCCGCAGUGAAAAAGGAAACGGCAAAGCAGCCGCAGGAGGCGGAUAAGAAGAAUGAGAAGAACGAGAAGAUUAAGAAAACUAAAAAGAAACCAAAGGCAGAUCUGAAACCAACACAGCCAUCAUCCAGUCAAGAUAAAAAGGAAGCUGAGGAAGGGAACUGGGAAACCAAAAUCAGCAACAAGGAAAAGAGACAACAACGCAAACGUGACAAAGGAGCCGACGGCGACGGCCCUGAUACCGCCACCUCAGUGCUGGAAGCUUUCACCGUUAUACCAACCCAGACUGCAAACAUCCGUAAAUCCAAAGGCCCAAGUGACUCCUCUACGCUGAAUGGAAGUAACUGGAAUGAGAAGCCAGCUAAAGUAAUUCCCGCCCAGCCAGUGGAAGAAAAAUGGGUGCCCACUACCAAUACAGCAAGCAAGAAAAAGGCAGAGCCUUGCACUUGGAAUAGGGAGACUGUGGACGCUAAUGGAAAGGAGUGGAGCGCUCCAUGGAGCGAGCGUUCGAUCUUCCCUAGAAUAGCCACAUGGUCCAGUGUGGAUUCGAGAUUGAAUUCUUCAGAACCGAGGGCACCGUUUUCCAUUGGAUUAAACAAUGCUGUUUCUGCUGCUGAUUCAGUUCCUCAACCAAGUGUAACUGAGAAGCAAUGGGAAGUGAUCCAUGCAGAGCCCAGCGCAGAUGAUGAAUGGUCUGGCCUGAAUGGUCUUAAUUCAGCCGACCCCAGUUCUGACUGGAGUGCACCAGCGGAGGAGUGGGGUAACUAUGGAGAAGAGGAACCAGCACCAGGCAAACCGAAUAAGAAGGCUGAGCAAGAAGUCUCUAAGGUAAAGGUUUCUGAUGAUGAUAAAGAAAAGGAAGAUGGAGCUGCUCAGGGUUCUGCUGGCAGCAAAACUAAGAAGAAGAAGAAAAAGAAGAAGCAAGGAGAUGAAUCUGGUUCUGCCACACAGGAAGCAGAAGGCACAAGGGCUGCUGUGGACUCCUACAAAGAGAAUUCGGUCCCAGCUUCAUUACCUCCUGUAAUCCCCCCAGUAGUUGCAAAAAAUAAUGUGCCGAAAGAGAAAAAAACUGUGCAAGAGAAGCGCCCUCGUACUAUAUUACCUGAGGCUCCUGUAUCUGCCAUGCAUAAAACUUCUGAGAAGGGCCCAGCCCAAGUGAAGCAGCAGGAGGCCAACACUUCCGUUACCAAGCAGAACAGUGUGUCUCCACCUUCACAAGCCAAGUCCGAAGAAAGUUGGGAGUCCCCAAAAGAAGUGAAGAAGAAGAAAAAGGCCAGGAGAGAAACGUGAUUUUCUUUAAUCACUGGAAGAAAAAAAAAAAAACAUGUUCAGACACUCAUGAAGAUUAUGCUGUUUAUGCAAUAAUUUGUGAACAUGUACAGAAUUUUAUAACGUCUGCAUUUUUAAAAGAACCUGCUGUCAAUGUGACCUCCCUACAGGCAGGAAGGAGAAAAAAAAAAAAGAAAAAGACAAAGUAACUGAAUCAUGGAUGAGAUCGAGACCAUACAGCGACGAUGGAAUCGUGCAGAACAUCACAUUUGCCAACGGAGAACUUUUCAAUUGAUGCGGAACAGACUUUAAUUCCUGAUUCUACUAAAUGGUGACCUGUUUACAUUCAUAUUGUGCCCUGUCCAAGUCUCUGAGAGAACAGAUCAUAUGCGGGGACUCCCUGUGAAAUAACAGCUCUGCCAUCUAUUGUCCUUUUUUAUUAUUGGUGGCUAUUGUUUUACGGUAGCAGCGUGCCAGCCUGUCAUUUUACCAAUCGUUCGCGUUUCAUGGGAUGUGUGAGCCGUCAUGCAGUGAACAGGAGACUGAAUUGUGAUCUAGUGAAUGUAUGAGCAGUUUCACUCUCUUACUUUCGUUGGUUUUGCUAGAAUCGUCCUCUAUUUUGUAUUAGGUUUAGCUUUUUAGGGCGUGUCCCCCCCCCCCUUUUUUUUUUCAUCAUACUGAUAUAAUACUUGCACUCUAGCCAUAGCUUGGCUAAUAAUCAAGUUUUCAAGGAUGGUUGUUGGCGACAAAGCUUUUUAUUUUAUUUUUUAGGGCUACCAUUGGUUAUUAAUGAGGCAGCCAUUAUUGUCCAAUUACGUGAGCUAUACUGGAUAUGUGUAUGGUCGUGGUGGCUUCAGACAGCUUUAAUUGACGUUGUCAAGACCUCCAAUAAUCAGGAAUGUUUUUUACUGCCUUAACCUGUAGUCUUUAGUAUUCAUGAACAAAAUUAGUGUUUUUAUAAUACAAUAUAAUCAUUAAAAAGAUACAUGAUUAGUCCUGACAGUAGUGCCUCCCCCACCCCCGAAGCUUACAACCUGUCAAAUUUGUGUCAGUGUCAACAAGACGUGUGGAAUUCAUCCCCCUUCAUAGGCAAUGUAAUUACAUUCAUUACAAUUUACAGCUAACUUUGUAUCUAUCCAUUGUGCAUGGUGAGACGGACCUUGUAAAUAGCCUUACCGAAUGUUCUGAAACUACAAGACCAUUGUGGAUCGAGAUAGCCAUGUCCUUCUACAUAACGCCUGAUCAUGCUGUGAUCAGUAUAAUCCGGCCCUAUACGGUUCAGCAUGGUAAGCUUCCACCUGUGGCCAUUUCUGGUUCGAGAAGGGUGAUGGUAAAAAAAAAAAAAAAUUACCGAAGGGGAUAGGUCAUCAAUAUGAGAUCAGCAGGCAGGGGUCAGACUCCUGGGAUCCCUGCCGAUCAGCUGUAGGAAGAGGCAGCCGCACUCCUUGAGCGCUUAGGCCUCUUCCUAGGCCAUGUGACUUCACGAACAUCCGUCACAAGGCCAGGCGCAGCUCUGCUCCAUUCAAGUGAAUGGGGCCAAGCUGUGAUACCAAGCACAGCUGCUAUACAAUGUAUGGCGCUGGUCUUGGUGAGCUGCAAGGAGGCUGCUGAUCUGUGGGCGUACCGGGAGUCAAACUCCCACCGAUCUCAUAUUGAUGACCUAUCCUGAGAAUGUCAUCACUUAUGUAAAUCCCGGAGAACCCCUUUGGUGUUUCCUUCGGAGUAUUCCUUGGAUAUGCCAUCGGAGGAAGGACCACCAGUCCUGAGCAUAGAGAUGUAGUGCUGGUUCAGAGCUGCCGCCCCUUCUGUUUUUCGCCUGAACAGUGGCACUCCCAGCCACCCGCUGUGUAGAGGAGCUGAAUUUGGCUCCAGCUUGAAUGGAGCUGUGCUGCAGUUUCCCUGCACCGUCACCUAAGGCCUAGUGAUCGUCCCAUCACACAAAGUGAAGGCAUAUGCCUUUUCAAGAGGAAAGGGGGGUACAGGUUUAGAAAAAAAAGGGUCUGAUUGUUUUCCAAAAACAGCGCUGCUCUUGUUCGUAUAUUGUCUAUCUAGUAUAACAGCUCAAGCGCAUUGACUGGAGUGACAGAGUGAAGAGUGGAGGACUUCUUAGAGGAGCUGUUCAGAAUUGGGGGACAAAAGUGAGAUUGGCAUCUGCCAAGAGGUGAUUAGUGACGCACUGAUGCCACUAGUACCCAGUGACUAGAUCAACUGCAAAGAUGCUUUUACUGAUCAUUGGCAGUGAAUUAACUUUAAUAUUUUGGGG